CCGGCCUGCAAAAGAGAGAGAGAGGAGGGUUGUGUGGGGGAAGUAUAAGUUCUCCGGUUCACUCUAUCCACGUCACUCUUUCUGUAGCUCAGCUCAGAGGCUCCUUUCUCUCUCUCUCUUUUCCAUUUGUUCAUUCGUUCCGACUACUCCAUCAGCAGUCAUGAGUUACAGACCGUCCAACAGUCACAUCUCCUUCCAACGCACCAUGCCCGUGUCCUCCUACCGGGCCGCCAGCACCUAUGGCGGGGCCGGCGGCCAGGGCACCCGCAUCUCCUCCGCAGCCUACGGGGGCCUCCGCAGCGGUGCCCCAGCCGGCUCUUCCUCCUACUCCUCAUCCUCCUUUAAGGUGAGCGGCGGUGGUAUGGGCACGGGCAUUGGUGGUGGCAUGGGUGCCGGCAUGGGCGGCAUGGGUGGUCUAAUCAACGCUGCGGCAGUAGGUGGUGGCAGUGGUCACGUCAUGGGCAACGAGAAGGGGGCCAUGCAGAACCUGAAUGACCGCCUGGCCAACUACCUGGAGACGGUGAGGCACCUGGAGCAGGCCAACGGACAGCUGGAGGUGAAGAUCCGAGAGGCCCUGGAGAAGGGAGGACCGGACGCCCGCGACUAUAGCAAGUAUACCACCAUACUGGACGACCUGCGCAAGAAGGUGGGGGUGUGAAUGAGAAAGAGAGAGGGGGGUGUUGAGCCAUAUCACAUUCAAACAAAUACAGUAUCAUUACAAGAGUGAUAGAGACAAGAGAGAGAGAGAGAGAGGGGGGGGGGGGGUGUGUUGAGGAAGAAUAAUGUGUGUAAGAAAAGGGUUAAGUUGAGGAAUUUGUGGUUUUGUUGUCUUUGUUGCUUUAGAUUAGUAUGUUGAUUUGAUCAACCAGUAAAUCAAAAUAUGAAUGUAAUGUCACCACUCCUGCAACUUUUCGUUGAACUAAAACCCAUUAUGGUAUGAGAGAAGAUGUCUGUCCAAGAAUGAGUUUAAGCAUAAUGACAAUUAUUUAUUUACCAAUUUACUUUGCUUAUGCUUUGACUUCAACAUUUCUGUGGGGAACCCUGCAUUGGAACAACUGGCUUCUCAAAAUUCCUAACUGAAUAGAGGGUCAAUCAUGUAUCUAAACCCUGAUUUUGCUGAUGCUAUGUAUUGGCCAAUGAGAGACUUUGAAGCUACCAGUCGGCCAUAUUGGCACUCCCCAGUAAAAGCAGUCCUCCAUAUGAAUGAAUGGAAUUCUACAGUAUUUCAUUUAAAUGUUUCAAGGACAAAAUUACAUGUAUUUGAGUAUUUUGUUGUUGUAGUGGGGACAGUAACAUUAGUACUUUCAAAAAUUAAUACUUUAAGGACAUUUAUUUGUUAUAUUAUUAAAAUGUAAAUGUUUAUGUUUAGCUCACAAAAAAUAAUUAAAAGGUAUGUAUUAAGGUGUCGGUAAUAGAAUACACGUGGCAAAAACAAAUUCAGACCUUUGUAAAUACAUUUCUAUAGCUUCCAAAAAAAUUAAUCUGUUUUUACAACGGUGGGGGAGUGCCAAGAUGGAGGCUUCAAAACAGCGCCCCCUGUGAGUCAUCUAGUGUAUAUAUAAAUCAUUGUAGAGGGUGUGGCAGGCCAGUCAGAUAGCCACUUUCCCUCCCCCUCCUUCCCUAGUUCCCUCACUCCUCAAUUUGGUCAAAGAGUUCCUCAAAUGAAUCACAAAAAACGGAACAAAACCCAUACACAACGUUCCAAGCGUUUUGACCUCACCAGGUCACUGUCUCCACUCUGGGGCGUAGUGUAGUGUGGGAGGGACCAGCGAUAUGAACCAGAUGUGUGUGACAACACACAAAAAGAAUUCCCUGUGAGAUUGGAAACACAUUGCUGGCGGGUGUGUUGUUUCUAUAACCAUUAUAGCUCCAAACAGCACAGUCAAAGAAUUCCAACAAGAUCUCACGAAUCCCUGCAAAAAUGGACAUUUGUUCAAAAGAAUUCCAAAGUCCUCUAUAGUUUAUGAUGACACUCUUAUGAUGAAUGUUAGCCUUGUUCCACUUGCCGGACACAUAAACCGACAAGAGUUCCCCUUUUUUUUGUGAUUCACAUCAGAAUGCCAUGGUUACAAACACACAGAUUGAGGGGGAGGACAGGAAGCCUGGCCCGUUUUCUCUAACAAUGCAAACUGAGAACAGACAGCCCUGGCACGGAAACCCAUUUUGCUGCUUUUCCGUUUGCGGGUUCCUCUUUUUCAGGUGCAGUCGUAGUUAUAUGGCCGUAACCAUAGAUUCAGUUGUGUUUUGGUCCCAUCAGACCCAUUCAGUUGUGUUUUAAUCACUCAGACUCUGCGGUUUCAAUAUCACCCCCCUGGGAGGCGUACAUUUUAAAAACAGGUUUUAGGAUGGUGAUGAGCAGCAAAUCCUAUGAUGGAACAUAUUAGUUCUUCUUUUUUAUUGCCAGCUAAUGUAUGACACACAAAAUUAUAGUUAGAAGUUCAUAUAUAUUUGCAUUAAACAGUAAAUGGGGGAAAGGCCUUCCUCUAUAACUGACAUGGAUUCAAAAGUCAAGGAAAGUAAAGCAUCAUAAAGCAGGCUUAUGUCACAUGCAAAAAUAGUUUCUGAAAAUAGGUUGUCUUUCAUGAUAAAUAAGAAGUAAGUCCAUUAUAUCUCUUUUUGUAUAUAUUCAAUGGAAAUUAACUAUAUUUUUCUCCAAUAGGUAUUCGAUGCGACAGUGGACAACGCUAGUAUUGUCCUCCAAAUCGAUAAUGCUCGCUUAGCUGCAGAUGACUUCAGAGUAAAGUGAGUUUACCACUGUAAAUUACAUCUUUCUGCACGCAUGUUGAGCCAUAACUUUGUAUACAAUACAGGGGUUCAUUUGGGAUUUUGUUUUUCUGUUAUGAAAAUCAAUUGAUCUGUUCAAUUUCCUACUGUACUUGUGCUUCUCACAAAGUUCAUUGACUCAAACCCCCCACUGGGCACAGAUGUCAGUUCAAUGUCUAUUCCACAUAAUUUCAUUGAAAUGAUGUGGAAACAACGUUAGUUCAUCCAGUGUGUGCCCAGUGGGCCACUAUAAAGUCAGCCAUUAAGCAAGGAAAAACUCUCAAGAGUUUGAGACAUGCCAGACCCACAAGAGAGGAAGUCUUGUGCCGGUACCAGUGUGCAGAGUUGGCACAGAAAGUCUAAUCUCUCAUAAUGAAUCUGUCAUCUUGGCAUCUGUACGUGAAUGUCUGAUGUGCAUGUAACCUCUUACAUGCAACCCCUAUGCUGCAUAGCUCUUUUAACCUUGGUGAACUGCUCCAGAGAUAGUAAUUGCCCACAGACACAGAUCUAGGAUCAACUUUCCCUCCCCAAAUUCUAAUGAUAAUCAAAAGGAGGAGAAAAAUACAAAAUUGACCUCAGAUCAGUGUCUGCUUCAACUCCAUCCUACUCCUAGUAAACUGAAACAUGGCAGCCAUUUUGUGCCUUUACCCCAAAAUGUCAGUGUAUUUCAUGUCAAUGCAGAGUUUAGUGAGUGUCCCUGUGCCCACAGAUUUGAAUCUGAGUACAGCAUUCGUCAGUCAGUGGAGGCGGACAUUGCUGGGCUGAAGAAGGUCAUCGAUAACACCAACAUGGGCAGAAUGAAUGUGGAGAGUGAGAUCGAGGCCGUGAGGGAGGAGCUCAUCUUCCUCAGGAAGAACCAUGACAAUGUGAGCUAUAGCAUUGAGAUCGAAUGUCCAUAUCAAAUAAUCAUUUGAAAUAUAACAUUUUCAGUAUGGAGAAUAGAAAUAGAAUAAAUGGAACAAUCCAAUUCCAUGAAGAACAACGAUAACGUGAUAAUAUCAGACUAACAUUAUCACUAGCUAUGAACUUUUCAAAUUUCACAGUUGGCUAAUAUUGGAAUGCCUUACUUUCCUUUGUCUGUCUUUUUUUCUGUCGCUGUCUGUUUCUGUCUCUCUCUCUCUCUCUCUCCCCUUCCUCCGACCCCUCUCCAACAGGAGGUGAUGGAGAUGAGGACCCAGAUAUCCCAGUCAGGGGUGCAGGUGGACGUGGACGCCCCUAAAGGUCAGGACCUGAGCCUGGUGAUGGAGGAGAUGAGGGCCAACUACGAGAAGAUGGCUCUGAAGAACGCAAAGGACCUCAAAAUGUGGCACGAAAACCAGGUACCCCAUCUUAUUUUCAGUGUCCAGAAGGUACAUCAUUGUAUCAUACUAUCAUUACACACCACAUCAAACCUAUAAUUAUUGGUUUUUGAUCUGCAAUUGGAACUAAAAUGGAGUAACCCACACCCACUGGACAACAUAAAAAAUGUUAUCCACUGAAAGUGUAGCUUUCCAUUGAAAAAAUGUUUUGUUGUAUGGGUGGUCUAGUCAGACAAAAAAAGCCUGAAAUCCAAAACAUGAAUUAAACUUUCAAGAUGACUAAGGGCUAUUUUCAAUCCGCAUCGCGGAUGUUCAGCUUUACAGCGUGAUUGAAAUGUAAGGCAAUGUUCCCGCUUUAGCGGAUACUACAUUCACGGUAAACGCUGCAUAUGUUGGCGCAAUCGGAAAUGACCUAUAAAUGUAUAUCGCUGAAUCUGUAACGCUUCAGCAUUACAGAUUGAAUAGAGCCCUAACUUUCCCUUCUUCCCUAACUCCUUCCCUUCUUCCCUCCUUCCAUAUCUCCUUCCCUUCUUCCCUCCCUCUCUCCUUCCUUUCUUCCCUCCUUAUCUCCUUGCCUAUCUCCUUCCCUUCCUUUCUUCCUCUAUGCUGUGGUAUAGAUCUCAGACGUACAGGUGCAGGUAUCCCAGAACACAGAGGCCCUGCAGGGGGCCCAGAUGGAGAUGAGCGACCUACAGAGACAGUUACAGACCCUCGAGAUCGAGCUGGCGUCCCAACAGAGCUUGGCAAGGACAUUCUUUCAAUAUGAUAACAUAUUUCCGUAAAAUUCCUUAAUUCCUCCGAGUACAAAUUGAACUGAUAGUAGCCCAUGUAUGUCCUCUAUGUACGACCUCCUUUUGAAGUCCGCUGCCAUACCUUAGCCAUACCAUCCAUAUCUCCAACAUUCUAAUAAUCCCAGUAUCAUUCAACAAAAUUUCAAAGACCAUUCCCAACAUUCCCCUGUUAUUCCCAACAGAAAUCCUCCUUGGAAGAUACCUUGCGCAACACAGAGAUGCGCUCCAACAUGGAGGUGGAGAAGUACAAUGCUAUCCUCAUCCGUCUGGAGGGUGAGCUGACCAACCUGCGGGGCAACAUCCAGCAGCAGGGCCAGGAGUAUGAGGCACUCCUCAAUAUGAAGAUGAAGCUGGAGGCCGAGAUCGCCACCUAUAGGAGCCUGCUCGAUGGGGGAGACUUCAAGUAAGUGGACGAGGGACUAAAGGGGCUAAUGGCUGACUAGGGGUGUGUCUCAGUCUAAAGUGGAUUCCUUUCAAGAGACUUCAAGCAAGUGGAUGAGGGAAUAGGGGCUAGUAGUUGACUAGGGCUGUGUCUCAGUCUAAAGUGGCUUCCUUUCAAGAGACUUCAAGCAAGUGGAUGAGGGGGAGUGGCUGACUGACUCUCCUCUGUUUGUUUCCAUCAUCUGCACUGAACUAAAGACACAUGGAUAGGUGACUGUUAUAGGGUGGUGGCUUUGUCCACCAAUCCAGUUCCUUGCACAUUAGUGAAGGUGAAGGAAAGGAUGUGAGAAGGAGAUGAAGCAACUUUUGACAAUUGAGAUGCACACUCUGCUCUUAGGCUUGAGGAUUGAUAGUAAUUAAAUUGUUUAUUCUUUUAGCAUCUCAAUGCUUAUGUCAGCUAUGCUUCAAGUUAAAGUACCACAAACGGCCACAGAGCAUAGUUUAAAUAAAAUUGAGGGAGUUGAAACAGGAAAUAAUGAUGGGGAAGUGGGGGUGACACAUACCAUUAUUCAAAUACUUGGAAAUUGUGACAAAGUGAAAUGGGAGAAACACAAAUAUGAUUUUGGACACAUCAGUAGCAAUUAGUAUGUGUGAAGUACAGUACUUGAGGUGGUUUGACGCCAUCUACAGUAAAAACUAGGUAUGACAGUAUCAUCUGUCCAGUCAAUGAAUUCAUUUCCUGUGUUCUAAUACCUAUUAAUUCUAUUCCAGGCUCCAAGACGCUAUGGAUGAACUGAAAGCAUAAGGGAAUGAGGGCGGACAAAAGUGAUGACCAAUUGUAAACUUCAUGGAGAGAGAGAUAUACCCACAGACGCAGAGGAGUCAAACCCAUCAAAUGGGCAUAACAUCGUGUCAUCAUGACAACAACAAAAAAUCUAACUUUGAUGCAAUAAAUGCAAUGGUUACCAUUUAACA